GUGUCUCCCGGAAACAACAUGGUUGUUUUGGUAUCGGCUAGUAAAACAGUCAUCUGUCAAAAGGUACAACAACACAUAAACUAGCCAGCUUUCACCCCUGGAUUAACCUCGCUCGUCAGGAUAACCAUCACUAUGUUCUCUCCGAGUUGAUGAAACGAACUGUGUUUCGAGGAAAGGACAGAUAUUUGGUUAUUUUUGGUGAAUGAAAGCUAGCUGACGUUAGCAGUUAGCUAGCUUGUCACUUUGUCAACACUUAGUUCAAUAUGGACUGCACGGCGCUGGAGAUCGAUGCUUUCAAAUUUGCCAAAACAGCUGUCACCUAUGACCAGAGUGGCAAAUACAAUGAGGCUGUAUUCUAUUAUAAGGAGGCAGCCCAGGCCCUGAUAUAUUCUGGGAUGGCCGGGUCCAAACUGGAGGGGAUCCAGGUCAAAGUGAACGAGUAUUUAGAUCGAGUCCAAGCCCUCCACAAUGCAGUCCAGGCCCAGAAGAGCGACCCGCUGAAGUCCCGGCAGCAUUUGGACCUGGAGCGCGCUCACUUCCUGGUCACUCAGGCCUUCGAGGAAGACGAGAAGGGGAACGAUGAUGAAGCCGUGGAGCUGUACACUCAGGCUGUGGAGCUGUGCAUUAACACGUCGAACGAGACCUCGGACCAGGCGCUGCAGAUCAAACUGAAGCAGCUGGCUCGUCAAGCUUUAGAAAGGGCGGAGGGUCUCAAAGAGUCCCAGUCCAAACUCACUCCCACUCAGGACCGACCGGGCCCUCCUGGAUCCAAACCCCCCCCCAGCAGCAGCUCCUCUUCUGGGGGUCCGGCCCGGCAGUUCUUCCCCCUCGGGCCGGACUUCAGCCUCCAGGAGCGCCCGCAGCCGGUGAGGGCCGUGCAGAGCAGCGAGCCGUCGGGCCAGCGCUACAGCGGCGAGGAGAUCGAGGUGCUCAGGAGUACGUCUACCAUCAACGGCAUCGCCUAUGUUCCCUUCAUGAGCGUCGACCUGAGGGAGCGGUUCGCCUUUCCGGUCCCUUUCUCGGACAAAUUAGGGAAACUGGCGCUGUCUCCCAAACAGAAAGCCAUCUUCUCUCGCUGGGUGCGGCCAGACGAGCUCUGCAACAACCCGACCAUGAUCAUGUCCGUGUCCAGCUUCAGCAUCAAACAGACGGUGGUGUCCGACUGUUCCUUCGUGGCGUCGCUCGCCAUCAGUGCUGCUUACGAGAGGCGCUACAACAAGAAACUCAUCACCAGUGUCAUCUACCCUCAGAACAGACGCGGGGAGCCGGAGUAUAAUCCCUGUGGGAAGUACAUGGUGAAGCUUCACAUCAACGGCGUCCCCAGGAAGGUGAUCAUAGACGACUUCCUGCCGGUGGACCGUAACGGGGAGCUGCUGUGCUCGUACUCCAGCAACAGGAACGAGCUGUGGGUGUCUCUGAUAGAGAAAGCCUACAUGAAGGUGAUGGGAGGAUACGACUUCCCCGGGUCCAACUCG